AUGUUUUUGCCGCAUUGGGGUUGCAAGAUCAAAGCGCUUCGCGCAAAAACCAACACAUACAUCAAGACGCCGGUCCGCGGCGAGGAGCCGGUGUUCGUGGUCACCGGCCGCAAGGAGGACGUCGCGCGCGCCAAGCGCGAGAUCCUCUCGGCGGCCGAGCACUUCUCUCAGAUCCGCGCGUCGCGCAAGUGUGGCGCGGCCCCGCCGCCGCCCGCCGGCGCGCCCGGACACGUCACGGCGCAGGUGCGCGUGCCCUACCGCGUCGUGGGGCUCGUCGUGGGCCCCAAGGGCGCCACCAUCAAGCGUAUCCAGCACACGACGCACACGUACAUCGUGACACCGUCGCGCGAGCGCGAGCCCGUGUUUGAGGUGACGGGCCUGCCCGAGAGCGUGGAGGCGGCGCGCAAGGAGAUCGAGGCGCACAUCGCGCUGCGCACAGGAGCCGCCGGAGCAGCCGGCGCCGGCGUGCCCGCCACUACAGACAGCGAGCCGCUGGCCACGCUGUACCGCGCCGGGCUGGCGUCGCUGCUGCGGCCGGAGCAGGAGGCCGCCUUCUCUUCGGCUGGCUCGUGCUCUUCGGGAGGCUCGUCAGCGCGGCUGGGCGACCUGCUGGGCAUCUGGUCAUCCACAGAACGUGACGAGGGGCUGGGUGAAUCGCCAUCGUUCGAGUCGCCGGGCGGUGGCACGGCGGGCGUGUGGGCGUGGGGCCCGACUAGGCCGUCGCCAGCAGCCUCACCGGCGCGGGCCUGCGCCGUGUGCGCCGAGCGCGGCGUGGCGGCGGCGCUGGUGCCGUGCGGCCACAACCUGUUCUGCCUGGAGUGCGCGCAGCGGCUGGCGGGCACGGGCGCGCCCUGCCCCGCCUGCUCGGCGCCGGCGCACCAGGCCAUCCGCAUCAUCUCGUAAGGAGGUUGCUCUCCGCCGCCGGCGGCCGCCGCAACCGCGAGUCGUACGUUCUCGUAGUAGGGAUCUUUUUUACUCGAAUCGUUAUAAAAAAAUAUUAAAAGAAGUAAAAAUCGCGUAAUCGAAAUCCUGGUGCCAAAAGUCGGCGCCUCGCCGGCACGGCCCGUCCGCCGCGCCGUACCUAUCUUAAGUCGGCAGAGUUGUUCACGAUAUAUUUUCUUAUUAUGAACGUUUUUUAUUAGGUCGUCGAGCGCACGCCGCGCUCUUCGCCGCAGAGAGAGUCGAAGUACGUUACGAUAGAAUUUCGAAAAAAAACAUAAAAUUUAAAAAAAGUUGUAUAAUUAUUAUUGAUAGCGUAAUGAGAAAUCGAAAAAUUUAUAAAGCUUACAUAACGUAAUAGCGUAAAGUAUUAAGAUAUUAUAAUAAUAAUAUGAUAGGCGAGGGACGGGCGGCACGGGGAGCGGGAUGCGCGGCCUGUUGUCUGUUCAGAGUCUAGUGUAAUGUAGUGUAUGUGGCGCCGGCCGAGCGCGCGAGCACGCCGCGCCGAACUGAGCCGAGCGGAGCCGAGCAGAGCCGAGCCGAGCCGAGCCGAGCCGAGCGCCGUAGCUAAUGUGUUGUUAGGUAAUGAGUCGGGCCGAGCGCCGUCGGCCGCCCCGCCCCGCUCCCCCGCGCGCCAUGCUCACAUUAUUUUUGACUAUACGAUUAUUCGCUUAAAUGAUAUUAUACAUACGUACACACUAUGAUUAUGAUAAUAUUAAUAUAAUGUUUGUUUUAAGUGUGUUUUAAUGUUUAGAUUUUUAUUGUAAUGUUUUUAUGAAUGAUUUUUAUCUGUAUGAUUAUUAUUAUUGAUUAUUAUUUUAUGUGUUGACGAUGUUUUUUUGUGAUUACGUGCGCCCGCGCUGGGCCGAGGCUGCUGUAUGUUCGUUUAGUGGUUAUGAUAUCGAGUAAUAAAUUUAAAGUAAUAAAUGAUAAAGAAAUAAUACGACUCAUUCAUUAUUAUAUAAACUAUAGUAGUCUGUAGCACGUCAUUGACUAACCAUUACCUAUUAAUACUUAUUAAGUAUUAUUAUAUUAUUGAAUAAAUUUAAAGAAUGCAUAAUUAUAUUUCAUAGGAAUCAUUAUUCUGUAUAACUCUAGUUAAAUAUAACAUAACAAAUAUUAUUGUAUAUGUAUGGGACGACGUUGUUCUCUUCUGUUAACCGGGGGCUUAUUUUAUGGAUUGAUAUUUUUUUAUUUUUUUACCGUUAUUAGUUUUUGACUUACUCAUGUAAAAAUACGCGAGGAUAAAAUAUUGCCUAUUAGAUUAUAUUUUAAAAAAUAAUGGUUGCGUAAAAUGAACCCCCGCCGUACGUAGAUCCAGUGAUUUCGAUAAUUUUAUUUUCAUAAUAAAAUGGGUAGACGCUUUAGGUUCAAAUAACGUUGUGAAAAUUUGUGAAAUUUUGUAGACUACAUAUCUUAUUAUAAAUCUAAUAUAAACUAUAACUUUCGAA